UCCACCCCGCAGCACUCCCUCAACCCUUUCGCUCAGUCCACGAUGGAACACGAAGUCGACCAAUGGAUCGCACAACUCAGCCAAUGCAAACAGCUCUCCGAGGCGGACGUCAAGCGCCUCUGUGACAAGACACGAGAAAUACUCAUGGAAGAGUCGAACGUGCAGCCCGUGCGCUGCCCCGUAACCGUCUGUGGAGACAUCCACGGUCAAUUCCAUGACCUUUCUGAACUCUUCCGUAUCGGUGGCAACUCGCCUGAUACCAACUACCUCUUCAUGGGCGACUACGUCGAUCGAGGCUACUACUCGGUCGAGACCGUGACGCUCCUCGUCGCGAUGAAGCUCCGCUACCGCGACCGCGUUACGAUCCUCCGCGGGAACCACGAGUCACGCCAGAUCACACAGGUGUACGGCUUCUACGACGAAUGCUUGCGCAAGUACGGCAACGCGAACGUCUGGCGGUACUUCACCGACCUAUUCGACUUCUUGCCGCUCACGGCCCUGAUCGAAAACCAAAUCUUCUGCCUUCACGGCGGUCUCUCCCCCUCCAUCGACACCCUCGACCACGUCCGCUCUAUCGACCGCGUGCAAGAAGUCCCACACGAAGGGCCCAUGUGCGACCUGCUCUGGUCCGACCCGGACGACCGCUGCGGCUGGGGCAUCUCCCCCCGUGGCGCGGGCUACACCUUCGGCCAGGACAUCUCCGAGGCGUUCAACCACAAUAACGGCCUCACGCUGGUCGCGCGGGCGCACCAGCUCGUUAUGGAGGGUUACAGCUGGGGUCAGGACCGCAACGUGGUGACCAUCUUCAGCGCGCCGAAUUACUGCUACCGCUGCGGCAACCAAGCGGCGAUCAUGGAGAUCGACGAAAAGUUGUCCUACAGCUUCUUACAAUUCGACCCUGCGCCGCGGGCAGGCGAGCCGCUGGUGUCGAGGCGUGUCCCCGACUACUUCCUCUAACGACUGGCACGGACUACGGCGAUGUUACAUACAGGAAAGAAGUACUGUAAAUACCCUCUUUACUGUUGCAGGGCGCGAUUGUAUAUCUCUGCACCAUUACAGACAGGAAAUGUGUUCUCUCGCGUUCAGCAUAUAUUAGACCCAUGCUCAUGGGUCAGAACAUUGAGCGCAAUCAUGCGAGCUGAUCUCCGUUUGGGUGCGAUUGCGUCAUCUUGGCCGAUGCCGAAGUGGUGUGAGUUCGUCACACCUAACCCUGCUCAAUUGUGAUCCUGAGCUUAUAACUCGAUUAAUUACGGGGGCGAUGAUUUAAUGUACAUGGUUUUGUAGCAGUCAGGACACGGCAUGGAUGAUGGACAUAUAAAUACAUUAUUGAUUUCAGGCUUUGCUUUCCUCGAUGAUUUCCUCGGUGAUGACAUGCUUGGUCAGCGUCGCGCCGCCGCGCACCUUGGGCACAUCACCUUUGGCGGCAGGGGCACCGGCGAGAGGUCCCUCGAUGGUGUCCUUCACGUACAACGCCUGGGAGGAGUCGGGACGCUCUUCAGCUAUCUCCUCGUGGCGCCUCUUCACAUACUCGACAGUCUUGGCUUGGAGAUCUUGCGGGGAGCCGGGCGUUGCAUCUGCCUUCACCGCCGCCUCACUAGCACUGGCGAGGUUCUCGUUCCAGCCCGGCGCAUGGUCGAGCGGAGCCGAUGUGUGCUGCUUGCCGGCCAAGUUCCGUGCCUUUUCGCGUUCGAGAACAUCGGGGUCGUUGUCGUGUGUCGUGCUGCCUCCUCCGAUGAACCGCGCGCCGCCCACUCGAGAGACAGCCGUGCCGGGUUUGCGGGUGACAGAGCGAACAGCGGUGCGUGCGGCGAGCGAGUACAUGGUCAUGGUGGUCGUUGACUGAAGAAGAACAGAGAGCGAUUUAGACGGCUUUCGUGGAGGUGGAAGUAGACAAAAUGG